CCGAGCGACUCCUCCCACAUGGACGGAUGCAGGUUGCUCCAUCCUCUGCUCGACUCUGACCCAGGUCCUGUGACAUGGAGCCACACGAGGACCUAACGGUCGACCCGGACGACCUCCCGCUCCGAGCCAACACUAACCACAUACUCGUCAGACAUUAUGUGCUCGACCUGACUGUUCAUCCAGAGAGGAAGGUCAUCAGUGGCAGUGUUGUGCUCUUCCUGGAGCCUUGCUCUGGGGGGAGAGGUAAGGCUGAGGAGGAUGACACUGGACCUGGAGCUGGGAGUGGAGCGAGCACUGCGGAGACCGGAGGGAACCAGGAUGGGUCUGUGUGCAAAUCUCGUGAUGUGGAUAAAACAGAGGAUGGAACAGAAGCACUUGGGAAGAGGAGGAUGGAGAAGAUGUCCGGUGCUGGAGAAACACAAGGAGGUGAAAUACAGGCCGUGUCUUGGAUUGAGUCAAAGACUGCAGCGCACGCAGAAAAUAUUCAUUCUUCACAUUUGUGGGAAACAACCAGCGACGAUGAUUUCACCUUUGUGCUGGACUGCUGUGACCUGGACGUGUCCAAGGUGGAAGAGCUGGACGUCACUUCUGUGUCGGCCGUGGCUAGCUUCCCAUCAGAGGUUUCCUCUGAGAGCUCAGGCGUCAGUUCAGCGAACCCACAAGCAGCCUUUAUUCAGAAACUUGUCUCCUGGCCCUCUAGCCGAUGGAGGCAGAAGCACCAGCUCUUUCUGCUGUGCAGCCAAACCCCCGGUGCUCAGGAUGGAGGCUCGCUGCCUUUUCAGAGAGACCAAUGGAGUCUGCAGGUGAGGAAGAAGGGGGCCGCGUCCCCUCAGGAGUUCCCUCGUGCUGUGAGGAUCUGCUAUGAGACCAGGCCAGCAGGCCGAUCUGUGAGGUGGACCAAAGACCAGGACCACAGGGUGUGUGUUUACACGGCCGGCUCUCCCAUCAACAACCGAGCCCUCUUCCCCUGCCAGGAGCCGCCUGUUGCCAUGUCAACAUGGCAGGCAACCGUACGGGCCCCCAGUGAGUGUUUGGUUUUAAUGAGUGGGGAGGAGCAGGCCCUACCCGCUGAGGACGGAGACACACGCUUUUCAACGUGGAGCUACUACGUCACUAUGCCCAUGCCCGCCUCCACCUUCACCUUGGCGGUUGGCCACUGGUGCCAAGUCACAGCAGAAAUUCCCCCAGCGUUGGAAGGAGAGGUGAGGAACAGGACAGGCUGUGGCAGGACUGCCAAACCUGGGGACGUGUCUGGGGAACGGACUGAGGCCGGGCUUGUGUCUGGACUUGGAAGCUCCUCCAGUAAAGUAGUGAAAGGCUCUCCACACCAGACUGGCAGUGGAGACCGGACCACCUGCUCAGACUCAACAUUCUCUUACGCUCCCCUUGAGGACCAGGCGCUCUCUGUAACUGAUUAUUCAGGCAUGGUGGAUGACGGCGUCUCUUGUUCCCAUGGUGACUACCCUUGCCGAUUUACCGAGCGGUCGGCUUGGUCCCAGCGGGUGAUUCCGUACCGUGUGUUUGGCCCCGUCGGCUUGCUGCAGCAGGCCCAGAUGGGAGUCCUGCAGCUGUUGCCUCGAUGCUUGGCUGCAGCCCAUUCCGUUCUGGGCGUCCAUCCCUUUCCCCGCCUUGACGUUCUCAUUGUUCCAGCAGGGUUCUCCAGUCUGGGCAUGGCCAGCCCCCAUAUAAUGUUCCUGUCCCAGAGUGUGUUGUCUGAUGGGAGUCCUGGUUCUGGAGAGAGCUGCCUGUCUCUGUGUGGGUCCAGGCUGUGCCAUGAGAUCGCCCACUCCUGGUUCGGCCUGGUGAUUGGAGCAAGAGACUGGACUGAGGAAUGGAUCAGCGAGGGCUUUGCCACUUACCUCGAGGACAUUAUCUGGGCCCAAGCACAACAGCUCUCCUUCCAUGAGACAGCAGAGCACUCUGACCUGAAAGCCCUGCUGAGGUGGAGAAGGCUCUCUGAUGAGCUGCAGAAUUCUCAGGAGGAACUUCAGAUCCUCAGGCCCAACAUGGAAAACACUGGUCAGGUCAGCGAGUCUGGCUCCUCCACAGUGAAACAUGCCCUCAACCCUGACAAGACUUUCAUGCAAGUGCACUACCUCAAGGGCUACUUCCUCCUCAGGUUCUUGGCCAGUCAAGUGGGAGACGAACAAUUCAUGGACUUCUUUAGAUUGUUUGUGAAGAAAUACCACGGGCAGCUCAUUUUGUCACAGGAUUUCCUGCAAAUGCUGCUGAUUACCUUUCCCGACAUGGAGAGAAAAGGCCUCACCCUCAGUGCUAUUUAUGCUGAGUGGCUCGAUCGUCCGGGAAUUCCAAAGUGGCUGUAUGAAAGGAGCUCCGUGUGGUCACAGGCGAGGCUGGUAGAAGAAGUCAAAGCUGAGGCUGUAAAAUGGAUUCUCCUCAGUCGGAGUCAUCAGGGGAAGGGCAGAAAGCGGAGGAGAAUCGAGCCCAAGGUGAACUACAAAGAGUUGAAGUCGGACCAGCUGGUGAUGCUCCUGGAGCUUCUCUUGGAGGAAUCGGAGCUGAGCGUGGCGACGAUCCGCUCUCUGCAGAGGAACUACAACCCGCACAAGCAAGACGCUGAGGUCCGACAUCGCUGGUGUGAGCUGGUGGUCAAACACGGAUACACUCAGGCUUACGGAGACGUGGAACACUUCCUGGUUCAUGACCAAGCCAUGGGUGUGUAUCUGUACGGGGAGCUGAUGGUUCAAGAGGACCCCGAGCAGCAGGCUCUGGCUGCUCGCUGCCUCUCAUUGGUCCAGGAGGAGAUGGACCAAUCGGCACGUAGAGUGGUGGAGGAGAUGAUCUUAUGACGUUUGGAGGUUGCCGACCACAGACGGAGAUGACGGGGGUCUGGCUCACGAGGGUCCAGGACUCACCUCCCUCUCCGCGGCAGGAGAGGAGACGCCGCAGAGUCGCCGAGCAGCGUGAGCACCAGAAGGCUCUCACUCCGCGGCCCGAGGCCAACUGGCGAUGUUUAGAGAACAGCAGUUCUGUUCAUUCAGGUCUAAAGGGAUGGUCUGUGUGGAGCAGGGACGGGACAGGCUGUGUAGUGAGAUACUGUUGUUGCUGCGGUACAAGAGAAGCUCCACAUUUCAAUCUGCUCCGAACGACCGAACAUGUGAGAAGAGAUUUUUCAUAAAGAUACUGCACCUCCGACCUCAGCAGCUGCGUCUCAGCUAGUUUCUGUGUGUGUGUGUGUGUGUGUGUGUAGGUGUGAAUUCAUGUCUGUUUAGUCUACAGCCACGAUCUGGUUCUGGAGUUUAGACUGGAAAAGCUUCCAGGUGAAUAAUGUUUUCUUACAUAACAAAUGACUUCACUUCUCUCUGGGCUGGAACGACAUUGGAAAAUAUACACUUGACAAGACUCAGGACGUUUUCUAUACGUCCAUGUGACGGUUCUGUAACUGCUGUGUAAACAUAAUGUCAAGAUGUUUUCCCUGCGUGAUGUCAAGUGAGUUUUUUUAUACGUUCAUGUUGAAAUAAAAAAAUUGUUUUCUUGAA